AAUUCAAUUCUCUUGCUCUUGCCAUCGCUGCAACUUUUCGUGCAGACAAUCUCCAUGGAUGACGACCUUCCGUCCAAUCUGAAGCGGGAAGCACGCUUCUUUGACAAGCCCAGCAUAUCUCAAGGUGGUGAUGUUUCGCUUAUGGAAACGUCGAGCAUGUUUUCUGACAGUGAAAUCCAAAGAUCUACUGAAAGACUAGCUUCUCCAGAAAACUUAUCAAAUUUAGCUGGGGAAUUUUCAAGCGGUUCUGUUCCUUUAUCUUCUGAUAAAUUAUUAACGAAUGUGCAUCCUUCGUUAUCUACUCAUGAUCAUAUAUUUUCUAAUUCUAAAGAAGUUACAGAUAGCAGAAGUAGUUCUGAAAGAGAAAUCGCAUACUCACCUGAAUUAGAAAUUUACUUGCCUAAAGAUGAAUGUGGUAACCCCAUAAAUGUAAAGCAUGAAUCAUUAGAUAAUAGACCUUUGAAUACAUUUAGUGAACAAUCCCAUAUAUUAUACGAUUCAAUCAAUCAAAAUAAAGAAAUAUCCCAUCAUUAUAGAGAUGUAGACGAUCCAAUAGAUUCCAGAAGUGACGAAUUCACAAUGAGAAAUAUUCAGGCUAAUGAAUCUUCAUCUACUAUGCUAGGAACAAUAAACGGUAAUUUUAUCAGCAAUAUGAAAAACAUUGAAAUACAAAUGAGUCCAGUUAAAACCAGAAUAGCUGCGACUUUAGGCGAGGAUUCUGUGACUCAUGUUGAUCAGUCGAUGGAAGUUGAAUUAGAAGGAGGCGACAGCGAUCCGAAUGACCCCGAAGAGCCUGCUGAUGGAAAUGAUAACAAUUUACCAGUAGCUGGUGCAAUAAGCAAUGAAGGUAGUGAUAAUCAGAAUGAAACUGCCACUGUUAGUGCUGAUGCUAAUGGGAGUUUGACACAAAGUGAAGGAGGCGAUAUUUUUGUUGAAGAGAAAGAAAAUGAGACUGAUGAAAAGGAAGAUAAAUGUGAAAGUGGUGCUAUCGGAACAGAAAAAGAAGAGAAGAAAAUUGAAGACACCACUUGUGUAUCAGGAAUAACAACUUCUGGAGAUCAAGAGGAUGCUGAUAUCGAUGAAGGAGUAGAUGUUAACGAAGGAGUCACUGCAGAGUUUUCUGAAGAGGCUGAAGCCUCAGAAGUAAAAUCUCCUGAAACAGCAGAAGAAGGCUUAGAAGAUGAUGGGGAUAAUUUAAUAGAAGAAUGUUCCGAUGCAGCUGAUGCUGGCGAAGAUAAGACAUCAGAUAAAGAAGAUGCUGAUGGUUUAGAAGUAGAGGAGAAUGGGAAAAUUCGCGAUCCAUCUGAAAAUUUAAAAAAUGAAGCAGAAGGCAUUGGAUCUACCACUGAUGAAACAAAUAAUGGUGAAAUAAUCGAUCAGGAAUGUGAAACUCUAGAUUCAAAGCAACCGAAAGAACUUGAAGAAGAAAAAUUUGAUGAAAUUGUUGCUCAUGAAAUUGAAGCGAUUGAUAAAAUAGAAACGCUUUCAGAGUCUAGGGAAGAUGUAGAAGAAGGUAUAUUAAAGGAAGAGACUUCGGAUAAUGAAAAAGGCAAAGAGGAGCAAAUUAAUGAGCAAACAAAGGUAGAUGAAACUGAUAUUCAUGAAGACACAGAGUCUCUGAAUGAUGGAGAAGUAAUAGAAGCAACUGAUAAAGAAAAAGAAUUUUCUACUGAUAUUGAAAGAGAAGUAAAAUAUCAUGAAAAUACACAAGAAAUUGAAUCUAUACCUAAGGGUCAAAAGGAUAGUGAUCAAGACAGUGUCAAUAUGGAUAAUUUACCAGAAAGCAAAGUCGAUAGUGACGAGCAAGAUGUUGAGAAUGUAGGCAAUGAAACUGAUAAUGAGAUUUGUGAGAACGAUGAGCUCAUUUCGCAUGAAUCAUUUGAAGAAGGAGCAGACAAAACAGAUGAAAAUAAUUUGAUGAUUGAUGAAGGAGAUAAAGAAAAAGAUGAAAAGGAAGAUAAUCAAGAUUCGAAUGCACCUGAAUGUGAAGAAACGGUUGUCUGUAAUGAUGAAGCUGAAACUGAAUUAGAAAAUAGUGCAGGUGAAGCUGCUGCAGCUGAAAUAACAUUACAAGAAACUACGAUUAAACAGGAAAAUGAUUAUUCUAUUGAUGAACAUAAAGAUGACGGCAACGUUCUUGAAGAACAAAAAAUAAAUAUCGAAGAGGAUGAUACUAAAAUUAAAGAUACUGAAACAGAGGAUACAGGCAUUGAAGACAGAAUUACUGAAGAAAAAGUCGAUUCUAAGGACGCAUUUGAAGAAGCAGAAGAUUUUGAAUCUAAAGCUGGUGAGGCAGAAGAAUGCAUAAAAGAUCGAGUUCUUGAAGUAGAACAGGAAGUAACUAUAGAAGCAGAAGACAGUUUUAAAGAUACAAUUGAUAAAGUAGAAGAGGAUUCUGAGUCUAAAAUAGACGAAGCAGAAAAGUGCCCAGAAGAUAAAGGUCUCGAAGCAAUUGACGAUUCUAAAGACACAAUUGAUGAAGCCGUGGAAGAUACUGAACUCAAAAUAGACGAAACAGAAGUAAGUCUUGAAGACAAAGUUAUUGAGGCAGAAGAAGAGAAAAUUAUUGAAGAAGAUGAUUCUAAAGACGCAACUGAUGAAGCUGAAGAAGGUUCCGAAUUUAAAAUAGUCGAAACAGAAGAAUGUCUUGAAGACAAAGUAAAUGAGACUGAAGAAAAAAGAAUUAUAGAAAUAGAAGAGGGAUCUGAAGAUAAAACUGAAGAAGCUGAAGAAAGUAAUGAACCUAAAACAGAAAAAGUGGAAGAAUAUUCUGAAGAUAAAGUUAAUGAAGUAAAAGAAGAGGGAACUACUGACGUGGAAGAUGGUUCUAAAGACGCAACUGAUGAAGCCGAAGAAAGCUCUGAACCUCAAAUGGGCGAAGAAGAAGAAUGUCUUGAAGGCAAAGCUUAUCAGACAGAAGAAGAAAGAAUUAUUAAGAAUGAAAUUGGUUCUAAAGAAGAAACUGAUGAAACUGAAGAAAGCGUUGAACCUAGAAUAGACGAAACAGAAGAAUGUCUUGAAGACAAAGUUAAUGAAAGUGAAGAAGAGAAAAUUUCGGAAGUAGCAGAUAUUUCUAAAGAUGCACUUGAUGAAACUGAAGAAGGCUCUGAAACUAAAAUAGAUGAAAUAGAAGAAUGCCAUGAACACAAGGUUAAUGAUGCGGAAGAGAAUAUAAUUACCGAAACAGAAAACGAGUGCAAAGACGCAAGUGAAGAGGCUGAAGAAUCAACUGAAGAUAAAACUAAUCAAGCAUUAGAUACCUCCGAAGAUAAAGAUCACGAAGCAGAAGAUAAAAAAGUUCUCUGCGAUGAUAUGGUAGAAUCAAAGAAUAAUGGAGAUCAGGAUAUCCAAAGUACAGAAUCUGACUUACAAGCUGAAAGCGAAAAUCCACUUGAAACUCCUUUAGAGGAAGAUGAUAGAACCGAAACUGGUGAAAAUGCAGUAGAAACUAUUGAUGAAACAAAAGAUGAAAUUGUCACCGGUGAAGAUGAUAGAACCGAAACUGGUGAAAAUGCAGUAGAAACUAUUGAUGAAACAAAAGAUGAAAUUGUCACCGGUGAAGAUGAUAGAACCGAAACUGGUGAAAAUGCAGUAGAAACUAUUGAUGAAACAAACGAUGAAAUUGUCACCGGUGAAGAUGAUAGAACAGAAACUGGUGAAAAUGCAGUAGAAACUAUUGAUGAAACAAAAGAUGAAAAUGUCACCGGUGAAGACCUUUCUGAAAGCAAAUUGGAAGAAAAUAAAGAAUAUGAAAAACCUGUAGAUGAUAGCGCUGCUUCUGAUGAACAAAUCGAUCGUAAUAUUGAACAAACGGAUUUAGCUCAUCAGACGACUGAUGUUCAGAAGGAUUUUGAAGAUGAAGCUUUAAUCGAAAAAGAUGACAUCGAAAAUAAAUGUGAUGAAGCACAAAAAGAUGAAAGUGAAAAUCAAAAAAGCAUAGAAAAUGUUGAGGAAAAGGAGAGCAUAGAGCAAUUAUCUGAUAGUGAAAAUGCCGAAAAAGCUGCACAGGAUAUGGAAGAUGCUAUCAAGGAGGAAGUAAUCGAACCCGAAAUACAAGCAUCAAAAGCUGUUGAGUCUUCAGCUUUACCUGGUAAACAGGGUGAACUCAUUCUUGAAAAAGAAAUUCCUAGUGACAAAGUUUGUACUUCUGACGCUAAUAAAGUUAUAUCGCCCCGUAAAGGAAUUAAAGUUGAAGAAGAUGAGAUUGAGACUGCCAUCAGCAGUGUUCAAUUUGAUGAUGAAAUGAAUGAAGGAAAUGAAGCAGCGGAGCCUAUAUUCCCUGUAAAAGAAAUUGAAGAGAAUCAAACAUUAUGUAUAGUGAAAGAUAAAGACUUUGAACCAACUGCCGAGCUUGUAAGUCCUAAUGAUCUUGAAAUUGUUCACGAGCAAACAAGUCAGGAUGUCGUUCAGGAUCGUGAAAGUCAAGAGAAGUCAUUGAAUUUACCUUCGCCUUCCAAACAAACUGGGGGUGAAGAAAAGGUAAUAUCUGAAGGAGCCCAAACUCCAUCUUCUAUAAGUCCUAAGAAACGAAAGAAGAAGCGAAAGACAGCAAGGUCUCGUAGCGCGUCUCAGAAAGGUGCCGCCUCUGCCACAAAAAAGACUCAGGAUUCUAAGCCCAGUUCACUGAAAACCGAGAAAGCUCCAUCUCGAUCCACCUCUUCAACCGCUUCUCGAAAUGUUUCAGCUGCUGAAAAAAAAAUACCCCCGAUUAAAGCUCCUGUGGGAAAUGCACCGCCACCGAACGUUAAAAACGUAAAAUCUAAAAUAGGAUCGUUGGAUAAUGUUACUCAUAGGCCAAAAGGAGGUGACAAAAAGGUGGAAUCUGUAAAACUAGAAUGGAAUGCGAAACCUAAAGUUGGUUCCCUAGAUUAUGCUACACAUAAACCAGGUGGAGGAGAUAAGAAGAUAAUAACCCAAAAGGUUGAUUUUAAAAAUGUCAGUUCCAAAGUUGGCUCUAAAGACAACUUGAAACAUAAACCAGGUGGCGGAACUGUAAAGGUUACUACUGAAAAAUUGGAUUUUAAGGCAAAAGCUGCUCCAAAGAUAGGAUCUUUGGAUAAUACGAAGCACAAACCGGGAGGCGGCAAUGUAGUAAUUAAAAACGAAAAACUUCAUUUCAAAGAAAAAGCAGCUCCUAAGAUUAUAUCGAGAUCAGGUUCAGAAAGGGGAAGCAGUCAUGGAGGAUCAGAGAUUGGAAGUCCUAUUCCACCUUCUUCCCCUGCACCACCUGAAAACAUGCCUCCUUUGAAUGAAGAUGAAAACUCUUCUGUUCAAGAGGAUGAGAAGCCGCCAACAGCGACAAGCCCCUGCAACGGUGAGGCUUCCAGCCCUGACAAGUCGCAGCCACAAGACGCCUCCCCGGCUAUUUCGCCACAAGAAGACAAGGGGUCAGAGCAGGACAUUUCUCCAGCACAGGAAAAACCAACCACCAAUGGAGAUAACGAAGAACAUUGUUGAUGUCAUAGAGACUUCGUACCCUGCAUUAACUAACUGCUAAAAUUGUUUUUUUUGUUACUUUUGUGUUCAAUUUCUCUGUAAUUUUUCUGUAUGAAGCUUAACUACAUUUGCUAACAUGUAUUCAUUUCAUGUAUUGAGACCAUACCUCGAUUCUUAAGCUGCAUAUCUCAUCGUGUAUGCCGUACAAGCCACUUUCAGAUAAACGAAAAAUAUAAAACUUUACUUUCCACUUCAGCAUUUAUCAAAAAUGCUUUUUCAAAUAUUUGUUGUAAUUUUGAACAAGUGAUACACCAGCUUUUAAAUGUAGCUAGAAGUAAUCGGAAUAUAUAAUAUCUUUAUGUAGCAAAAAAGAAUCAUUUGUUGUUCAAUGAAAUUUCUACUUUGAAUCCACGUAACAACAAACGCUUGCUCCUGCGAGUCAUUUUUUUCCAUAACUUACAACCAGAAGUCAAGGUCAGAGAGCAUCACCUGAGAAUCUAUAAACAGUUGUACUCAUUAUUUAAAACAGUUGUGUCUUUUUCAUUUCAUAAAUAAAAAAAAAAUUGUGUUUCA